CCAUCAGUCGACAUUGCAACGUGUCGUCAUCAACCUUUCCGGGCCCCAAAUCACCAACCAUGUCGCCUCGUGCGACGAUGCAUAAGAUAUAAACGCGGAUUACAAUUUCCCCAUCGCCCAACAUUGCCACCUACUCAAUCAAUCAGUUGACUGAUCAUCAUACUACUCAUAGACACAACGACAUCUAUGCCAGCCCUGAUCCCUCAACUCGAGCCACCUAAAGAUGCAGACCCCAUCGCUGCCGCCACCAUUCAGCUCUUGGAACAAGUCCGGGCUACGACAGAGUGGUAUACCAAUGGAGAUUCUUCUGCGUCGAGCUUUAUUGAUUUUUCUGGGUAUCGACAACUGCAAGAGUGGGCAAAGAAUCCUGAGGCGCUGAAUGUUAUUGAUAAGAUUUUACGGGCGAGGUUGGGAUUGCCUUUCCCUUAUAACCAAAAGGCACUCAUCCUCGUUCAACUUAUUCCAGAAGAUAAGCUUGCCCCUUACGCUCCCCUCCUCAAACCACUUGUUGAAUCCUCUCCGGAUUCAACUUCUGCCUAUACCUACGCCACACCAUUCAUUGUGACCCUGGCCACAUCUCUCCACUCUCUCGCAGAUGGACAAGCGAAGAAGACGGAAGCGAAGAAGAAAGAGGACGAGGAGAAGGUGAAGUGGAAUUCAUGGAGUGAGGUUUAUGGGAAGAGUAGAGCGGAUUGGGUUGGGUUGCCGGUGGAUAAUGGGGGUGUGAAGUGGGGAUGGUGGGCUGGGGAGCCAAUCGGGGUGGAGGAGUGGUGGAAGAAUAGGAACAUUGGGGAGUAAAGCAAUAGAAAGUGGCUGGCAUGAAGUAUCACACGCUGUGCGCCUUGUCGAGCUUCCUAAAGCUCAGAACGUUGUAAAAAUCCUGUGUACUAACGUAGCAACCUAAUCAUGUAUCUGUAUCCUACGUACUGCAUGCAUACUGGAACGAACACUACUAUAU